UAUUUCACUAUAGUGGCGCCGAACACACCAACUGCUGAGUUACAUUUCCUUGAUUUAAUUAAUUAAAGGCGGAGGUCAAAAGUUGACAGAAGAUCACAGUUGGAAGAGUUUGCUGGAGAAAGGAAUCCAAGCCAUUGCGGGUCCAGCAAGGUAACCCCUGCUAGAGAGAGACAAAACAACGAAGAUGUCGAACAGCAACGACGAUAACAAGAAGGAGAAUAAGACAGACGACAAGAAGAAAGAAUUUUCUAAUCCAGUAUCUAACGCAUCUUGUAUAUGUACAUACAUAAAGCGGGUAUCCGAGAAGUAACGCAUAGAAAAUGUUUGAUGGCAAACACAUAAACAUCUAUAUUAUAGAUAUCAGCUCUAAGCUCCUAUAAAACACGGAUGGACAGAGUGUGCGAGUACGUGUGCGCGCGUGUGUGUGUGUGUGUGUGCUAUGCUCUAUAACCAAUGCACCAAUAAACACAUUUUAUUCUCACGUGGAUUCAAAAACGAUCAUAUCGGCUGUCGUUUGCUUAGUUUGUCGGGAAGAUGCUUCCACCUCGAGCUGAUUUCGCACUAGAGGACAGAUGGAGAGGGAGGAAACUGCAGUAUCCAGAGGAAACCCCCGACGGCUGAGUACAGGUGUCACACACAGAGUGCCUCAUCACCCAGAGCCUGUAUCGACUGUCACAUUAACUUACGAUUGUUUUCUGUAACGGUACUUUCACAAUGGGAAAACGAUAUUUACUGAGCAGUUCUCUUCAUUCAUUUAUUGUCUCAAGAGUGUCAACUUGGGACAAACAUGCGUCACGUGACUGCGAUAAGGUAUGGCCGUCUGUCUGUCGACUGAGACUCGUGUUCACGACCGUUUUCCAUUGAAACUUUCAUGACAUAGGAAACCAGUGGAGAAAGUGAACCUCACAUCGGGUAAUAGCACGAACUUUGGACAAAGAGACGAAAAGUGCAUGAUUCGUUUGGUCAAGAUGAUGUCCUAGGCUCUAACGAAAGAUACAAUUAUUUACAAAAUAUGUUGUUGCUCAUUAUUUUGGAAAUAUUAUGAUCAAAUGAUGGUCUUAGAGUUUUACAAUUAGCGUAUUAUUUUAUGUUCGUCCGACAACAAGUCCAACUGAAAAAUUGUAGCACAUCGACUGUGACAUCUUGUGAUGUCUCAUAAAUUUAAAUCAUUGAUUAAACAAUCUGUACCUUUAUAUUUGUUUAUGUGUCUCCUCAAUUUUGUACCCUGUUCUGCUAAGCUUAGUCAAGAUGGAUAUUUUUGCCUUAAAUAGGACAAUAUUUUCGUCAAGGGACCCACCUAACUGAAAGAAACGCUAUUAACAAAUCUUGGUAGACCCACCCAGAACUCAUCAAUACCCGGUUAUUGGCUUCUACCCGGUCUGUGUGACAUGUCGAGUAAACAUACUUUGUAAACAGUGGGGCAGGUUUGUAAAAUCUGGGUCUCGGUGGACCUGUCAGAAGCUGAAGAACAUGCUAGAUUGUUCUGCUGCCGUCUGCUCUCUUUAUCAGCAACAUCAUCGCACUCUUGCGAAAUCCCUUGUGCACACAAAUCGACUUGGACAGGUAUUGACUGGCCUCACCUGCACGUCACAUCCGGUUGAUCUGUGCUGCAUGAGAGAGAAAUCAUCGAGAGAUGCACAGGGCGCCAUGGGAACACGAAGGUUGUGUUUGAUCGCUUGGACUGUAGCGACAGGUAUCGUGACAGGUGCUGUACCAGGCUCAGACAGCCAGUGCAUUGCAGACUCAAGGCCUGCACAUCUUAUUGCAGAACCGAACAGAACUUCGUCCUUCACUGUCCAGUCCUUGGCAAACAACGCAAGCUGUGAGUGGCUCAUCAGCUCCAACACCAUCAGCACCAGACUGCGCUUGACGGCGGCCAUCUUCAAUCUCCGAUCAUACAACGGGUCGUGUGUGGACAACUUCACAGUCUUCGAUGGUAACUCUUCCUCUUCCCCCAUCCUGCUGUCGACCUGCUCCACCAUUGACUUUCCCAUCUACAGCAGCGGAAGUGACGUGCUGGUCUCUUUCACUACCGGAAGCGAUGACUCCUGGGAAACAAGCGAUUUUGUCAUUAACUACGAAGUGUUUGGAUUCAGUACCUGCGCUUCUGAUGUUCUACUGAGAGCUGUCUACCGCAAUCCGCAGUACUUAGAGUACCCAGAAAACAACCAAAACUAUACCAACAACGCUGACUAUGGUUGGCUCGUCCAAACUAGCCGUGACGACUACGUUGUGCACGUGACUUUCAUGUUUGUUAGCACAGAGUCUGGACGUGACUGCUCCUACGACUACAUUGACGUGUACGAUGGGACAUCUGCUCUAUCCAGGAAGCUUGUAAGACUUUGUGGGAUGCUGGCGAUGCAGCGUGAGGUCUACAGCUCUGGUCAGUCUCUACUCAUCCGGUUUCACAGCGAUUCUACGGAAACUGGACAAGGCUUCCGACUGCUCUACACAGCCGUUAGUCGUUCAGAAGGUCCGCAGGACUCAGAUAAAAUGUGUUCACACCAUCGAGAAGUCAACACUACCACACAUCUUCUGAUAUACUCUACCAGCUUCACCGACUCUGCUAACUGUAGCUGGCUCCUUCAGACAAGUAUCAAUGACUACGUUGUUCACGUGACUUUCACGUAUGUCAACAUGCAAACUACCGACAAUUGUUCCCACGACUACGUGGAGCUAUUUGACCUGUCCAAGCUCUGCCCACAGCCUGGGCAAGGUGUGCCAGUCUACGUCACGUGACUUUUACAGCUCGGCGUCCUCUAUGGGGUCCUCUAUAGGGUCCUCUAUGUACAUCAAGUUUCGCAGCGAUGCCAUUACAGCAGGAAGAGGAUUCAUGCUGACGUACCAAGCUGUUCCUCGUUCAAGUCUGCCUACAACUACAGGUUAAUUGUAAAUUACUCAUUACUGGUAAAUUACUCAGUGAUGGUCAGUCCUGCAGUUGUGUCUGCUGCAACACAGGAUGAUGUGAGUUUCGAUGUAGUCCUGUAGUUGGUUGAACAUCAGAUUGAGAUGACUCCGACUGUCACACCUGGACCAAGACCAGGGAGUCAUUGUGAGCCUCCACAAGUCGACUGUUAGACGAGGAAUCCUUUAUUUCCUAUUUUCUUAAACUCAUAUUAU